AGCCGCGAAGAUGAAGCUCGAAGUUGCCAGCACACGCAGGAGCCUUCUGGGCGAAGGGCCACACUGGGACGAGCGCAGUUCGACGCUGCUCUUCGUCGACUGCCUCGGCCGGGAGGUGGUGCGCUAUGAUCCCGCCUCCGGCUUGGAGACGCAGGUCAUCCCUACGGAAGGGGACAUCGGCAACGUCAUUCCUUUUGCCGGAGACAACCGCCAGCUGGCUCUGUGCAUGGAACACGGCCUGUAUCGGCUUGAUCUGGGCACCCGCCAGAAGCAUUUGCUGGUUGAGAUGCUCGACCCCGAGUCACCGGUGAAGUCGAGGCUCAACGACGGCAAGUGCGACGCACUAGGACGCCUAUGGACGGGCUCGAUGCCUUCUACGGGAGUACAGAACUUGAUACCGGAGAAGAACAAUUUCUGGUGUUAUUCGAAGGGACAGCUGGAGCACAAGUUGGACGGGGUGACCAUCUCUAAUGGCAUCACGUGGACGAACAACAACAGGAUCAUGUUCUACGACGACUCGGUGCCCGGACAGAUCUACGCCUUUGACUUCGACCUCGCCGCGGGAGAAAUUCGGAACCGGCGAGUACUGGUCGACUUCAAUAAGACACCCGGCUUUCAGGAACUGGGGCUCCCGGACGGCAUGACCAUCGACGUCAACGAUAAGAUCUGGAUGGCGUGCUUCGAAGGCAGCGCCGUUAUCCAGAUUGACCCAGAGACUGCCAAGAUCCUGACCAAGAUAGACUUUCCGGCCAAGUACACCACGUCGUGCUGCUUCGGAGGCGAGAACUACGACGUCCUCUACGUGACGACAGCCAGUUUUCGCCCAGACGCCAAAAAACCCGAGGAUGGCCGACUCUACAGGAUCACGGAGCUAGGAGUGAAGGGCAGGGCGGCCUACGAGUUUGCCGGCUAGCCGCACUUGGCGUAGUGCUGAGAGAACGACGCCAGAACGCGGCCUCCGCUAUUCUUCGUGCCUCUUGGAAUCACGGAGGCCGUGAUCUGCUGCGGUUAGUUGGCGUAGCGCAAGAUCGCCUUGGACAUACAAGGUGCUUCCGGACAGCACAAAGAAGUAGCAUAGUCGCUUUGGAGGGCACCCACCUUGUGG